AUGGAAAAAGAACCAGACUACUUGCUAGUUCGAGACAUACACUCAUCCAUUCCAUUUCUGUGGAAAGAUGGCCUUGGCUAUCUUCUACACCCAUCAGUUCCUGUCGCUGAGGCGAACUGCCGUAUUGCGGAUCUUGGAACCCGCACAGGAAUCUGGUUACUAGACCUAGCUAGACAAGUUCCAGACACGACGCAGUUAUACGGCUUCGACAUUUCCGACUCACAAUAUCCUCAUGCGAAAUAUCUUCCCCAUAAUGUAAGAUUGAAAGUCUUGGAUAAUCUUGACCUGGAGCCACCCAAAGUGUUACAAGAGACAUUCGAUAUUGUGCAUCUACGUCUCUGGCUUGACGGCAUGCCCAACGGAGACCCAACAGCACUUCUAUCUCACGCGAUAAAGCUUCUACGUCCAGGAGGAUACAUUCAAUGGGCUGAGAUGGAUCCUCUCCGUGGUAUUACUCAUGGCCCAGACGGCGAAGAUUGGCCUAAUGUUGCCAAUAAUAUAGAGGAAGCCUUCUCUUUCGAACAGCCGUGGCAGUCCAAAAUGACAUCCGAUCUGUCUUGUGCUGUUGUUCAUGAAAUGGAAAAUAAUGGAAGCCCUUACAUCGCCCAGAAACUAAAGAUACAUGAUGUUUCAAUUCCGCCGGCAUAUGCCGAAGUCUUUAAAGGAGCGCGUCUUGUGCAGCCGUUCUGCAUUACUAUUGGAAAAAAGCCAAUUCAGAAUAGUCCUUUUGAAUGAAAUUGCUCCACUCACACACGAG